CCAAAUCGUGACAGUCAGCCAGGCUAGCUGCGGCGGCGGCGGACUGUAAACAUGGCGGCGUGCACAGCUACAGGGCUGUGCCGAGCACCGCUGUACUACUAGUGUGAGAAGCGGAGACACCCCAAAAAUGGAGACCGAAGAGGAGCAGCACAUAACGACGCUCCUCUGCAUGGGUUUCCCGGAUCCUGACGUGAUACGGAAGGCGCUCCGGCUGGCGAAGAAUGACAUCAACGAGGCUGUGGCGCUUUUAACGAACGAGAGCCCCGGACUCGGCUAUGGAUACGAGCCGAUGGAGAGCGGGCCUUCCACCGGCUUGGGCACGAGUGGAGACGGGGAAAACACCGGGAGGACGGGGACCAGCGGGUUCGACCCCCCGCCGGCGUACCACGACGUCGUGGACGGCGAGCGAAGCAACGAUGAGAACGGGAACUGCUCGGGAGGCAGCAUGGAGUUCCCCACCACCAACCUGUACGAGCUGGAGAGUCGAGUCUUCACCGACCACUGGUCUAUACCUUACAAGAGGGAGGAGUCCCUGGGCAAGUGCCUCAUCGCCUCCACCUGCCUCGCACGGCACGGCCUCGCGGACGCCGAUGAGAACUGCAAGCGGUUUAUGGAUCGUUGCAUGCCGGAGGCCUUUAAAAAGCUGUUGACCAGCAGUGCCGUCCACAAGUGGGGCACAGAGAUCCACGAGGGCAUCUACAACAUGCUCAUGCUGCUGGUGGAGCUGGUUGCAGAGAGGGUGAAGCAGGACCCUGUGCCCGUAAACCUGAUGGGAGUCCUGACCAUGGCCCUCAACCCUGACAACGAGUACCACUUUAAGAACCGAAUGAAGUCAUGUCAGAGGAACUGGGCUGAGGUCUUUGGAGACGAGGCCAACAUAUUCGCCGUCUCUCCCAGCAACACCUACCAGAAAGAGCCUCACGGUUGGCUGGUUGAUUUAGUGAAUCGAUUUGGGGAGUUGGGAGGAUUCGCUGCCAUCCAGACUAAGCUCAGCUCAGAGGAGAUUGAGAUUGCUUGUGUAUCAGCUCUGGUCCAGCCCCUUGGUGUUUGUGCCGAAUAUCUAAACUCCAGCCUCGUCCAGCCCAUGCUGGAUCCCGUCAUUCACAAGACCAUCACAUAUGUGCAGAACUUGGAGGAAAAGGACCUGAAAGAUAAGCGUCUAGUGAGCAUCCCAGACCUGCUGUCGGCCAUCAAGCUGCUGUGUAUGAGGUUCCAGCGGGAGCUGGUCGCCGUGGUGGACGACCUGCGGUUGGACACGCUGCUGCGGAUGCUCAAAACGCCCCACUUCUCCACCAAAAUGAACUCCCUCAAAGAAGUGACCAAGUUAAUAGAAGAAAGUACAGUGUCAAAAACAGUGAAAAACGCCAUUGAUACAGAUAAACUUCUCGACUGGCUCGUGGAGAACUCGGUCCUGUCGAUAGCGCUGGAAGGUAAUAUUGAUCAGGCUCAGUACUGUGAGAGGAUAAAGGGAAUCAUUGAGCUGCUCGGGAGUAAGCUGUCACUGGAUGAACUCACCAAGAUCUGGAGAAUACAGGCGGGUCAGUCAUCAACGGUGAUAGAGAACAUUCACACAAUAAUCGCUGCUGCUGCUGUGAAGUUCAGCUUCGAUCAGCUCACCCACCUCUUCGUCCUCAUACAGAAGAGCUGGGAGGUGGAGAGCGACCGUGUUAGGCAGAAGCUGCUCAGUCUGAUUGGGAGAAUAGGCAGAGAAGCUCGCUCUGAAACUACUACAGGAAAGGUGCUAGAGGUGCUGUGGGAGCUGGCUCACCUCCCCACCCUGCCGACCAGUCUAGUUCAGCAGGCGCUGGAGGAGCACCUUGGGAUUCUCAGCGAUGCCUAUGCUGUCAAGGAGACUGUGAAACGCAGUUACAUCAUUAAAUGUAUCGAAGACAUCAAGAAGCAUCACACUCAGGAGGAGGAUAAAGGCAGCAACACUCACAGCUCAUUUCAUGUUGGCACUUGGCACAAGAAGAAAUCUAACUCAUUGGCUAAAGCUUCUCAGCAUAGCACCCCUCAGGCAGUCUGGGUGGUUCCAGCUCUACGGCAGCUGCAUGAAAUCACGCGUUCUUUCAUCAAACAGACCUACCAGAAACAAGACAAGAGCAUCAUCCAGGACCUGAAGAAGAACUUUGAGAUCGUUAAACUGAUUACAGGAUCUCUCGUGUGCUGCCACCGACUCGCAGUGACCGCUUCGGGGAAUAACGGCCUCUCCGCUUCAACCCUGGUGGAUGGCCGAUACACCUACCAGGAGUAUCUGGACAGCCACCUGCGGUUCCUGGCCUUCUUCCUUCAGGAGGCCAGCCUCUACCUGGUCUGGAACAGAGCCAAGGAGCUCUGGGAGUGCCUGGUCUCGGGUCCGGAUGUUUGUGAGCUUGACCGUGAGCUGUGCUUCGAGUGGUUCACCAAAGGACAGCAUGACCUCGAGAGUGAUGUUCAGCAGCAGCUCUUCAAGGAGAAGAUUUUGAAACUGGAGCCGUAUGAGAUCACCAUGAACGGCUUCAGUCUGUUUAAGACCUUCUUUGAGAAUGUGAAUCUGUGUGACCAUCGUCUGAAGCGCCAAGGAACUCAGCUGUGUGUGGAGCGCCUCGACCUGGCAGGGAUGGAUUUUAUUUGGCGCAUCGCCAUGGAAACACCUGACGAAGAGAUAGCCAAUGAGGCGAUCCAGCUGAUAAUCACUUACAGCUACACCAACCUCAAUCCGAAAAUGAAGAAGGAUUCUGUCUCUUUGCACAAGAAGUUCAUCGCUGACUGCUACAAGCGGCUAGAGGCCGCAAGUUCGGCUCUGGGAGGGCCGACUUUAACCCAUGCUGUUACCAAGGCAACAAAGAUGCUGACGGCCACUGCCAUGCCAACGGUAGCCACAUCUGUACAAUCACCUUCCAGAUCCACAAAGCUGGUGAUCAUUGAAAGACUGCUGUUGUUGGCUGAACGCUACGUCAUCACUAUAGAGGAUAUGUACUCGUUUCCUCGCACUAUUCUACCUCACGGGGCCUCUUUCAACGGACACCCCGUCACUCUUCACGUCACCUAUGAGUCAACCAAAGACACAUUCACCCUCGAGACCCACAGUAACGAGACGAUAGGAAGUAUUCGGUGGAAGAUCUCCGAGCACUUGAGCUGUCCAGUGGAUAACGUCCAGAUUUUCGCCAAUGAUAGUGUGCUGACCAUGAACCGAGACCAGAAGCUGCUCUCUCAGCUCGGCUUCAGCGACGAGCAGAGCCUGACGGUGAAGAGCUCCGGCACCGGGACUCCGUCAGGCAGCUCUGAGUCCUCAGCCUCGGCUUCUAGCAGUUCCAGCUCUGCCGUCUUUAACUCAGCCUACGCCUUGGAGCAGGAGAAGUCCCUCCCUGGGGUGGUGAUGGCGUUGGUGUGCAAUGUGUUUGAGAUGCUUUACCAGCUGGCCAACCUUGAUGAGCCUCGGAUCAUUCUUCGUGUGAGGAAGCUGCUGCUGCUAAUUCCAACAGACCCUGAAGUGCAGGACGCACUAGACAACUUUGUUCCCAAAGAAUCCAGCGUCUGGAGCCACCAGAAAACUCUUUUCACCCUUGGUCAGGGCUCAGGCUCUCGUUCUCCAUCGGUAACACCAAAACAGCAGCAUCAGCCCAGUGCUGCAUCCAUCCUGGAGUCACUUUUUAGAUCCUCUGCCCCCGGCAUGUCUACCUUCAGAGUGCUUUACAAUCUCGAGGUGUUGAGUUCCAAGCUGAUGCCAACAUCGGAUGAUGAGAUGGCCAAAACCAGCAGCAAGUCCUUCUGUGAAAACUUCCUUAAAGCCGGAGGCCUUAGUCUGGUGGUGAAUGUCAUGCAGAGAGAUUCAAUCCCGUCUGAAGUGGACUACGAGACCAGACAAGGAGUCUACUCCAUUUGUCUUCAGCUAGCAAGGUUCCUUCUGGUGGGUCAGAGCAUGCCCACAGCGCUGGACGAUGACGUGAUCAGGGACGGCGAUGCGCUGUCGUCUCGGCCGUUCCGUAACGCGGGGCGGACAGGACGACAGCUGUCUCUCUGCGGGACCCCCGAGAAGUCCUCCUACAGGCAGAUGUCUCUGUCAGAGCGCUCGUCCAUUCGAGUCGAGGAGAUCAUUCCCGCUGCUCGUGUUGCCAUUCAGACCAUGGAAGUCGGUGACUUUACCUCAACCGUAGCCUGCUUCAUGCGUCUGACCUGGGCUGCUGCUGCAGGCCGCCUGGACCUCGUCGGUAGCCAGCAGCCAAUCAGAGAGACCCACAGCUCGCUGCUACCACAGGGAGUCCGUACCAGAGUCAGCAGCACUGGGAGUAACUGCAGCUCCAGCAGCGAAGGAGAGACCACCCCGACAGCGUUGCAUGCUGGGAUAUGUGUCCGACAGCAGAGUGUCUCCAUCAAGGACGCCAUCAUCGCCCGCGAGGCUUUGUCGCUGUUGGUUACCUGUCUGCAGCUGCGCUGCCAGCAGAUGUCUUCUUUUUACACCCUUCCCUCCGUCAGCGAUUUCAUUAUUGAUAUUCUGCUGGGAUCUCCCAGUGCAGAGAUCCGCCGUGUGGCCUGUGAUCAGCUGUACACUCUGAGUCAGUCUGACACUUCAGCCUUCCCUGAAGUCCAGAAACCCAACCUGUUCCUGCUGUCGGUCAUUCUCACCGCUCAGCUGCCAUUAUGGAGUCCCACGUCUGUCAUGAGAGGCAUCAACCAGAGAUUACUGUCCCAGUGCACUGAAUAUUUUGACCUAAGGUGCCAGCUUCUGGAUGACCUAACCACGUCAGAGAUGGAGGUGUUGAAAGUGAGUGCAGCCAACAUGCUGGAGGAUGAGAUUUCCUGGCUCGACAACUUUGAGCCCAGCUGGAGCUCUGAGAUGGAGACCAGCGAGGCAGACAACAUCCUGCUGGCAGGACACCUCAGACUCAUCAAGACCUUGCUCUCUCUCUGUGGAAACGAAAAAGAACACCUCGGUCCAUCUCUGAUCCAGCAGUUGCUCGAUGACUUCCUGUUUCGAGCGUCUCGUAUCAUCAUCAACAGCUCCAACCCCACCCCGUCUCCAGCCCCGAGCCACGACUUCCACCCCAAGUGCAGCACAGCCAGCAGCAGGUUGGCAGCCUACGAGGUCCUGGUGAUGCUGGCCGACAGCUCGCUCCCAAACCUGCGCCUCAUCACCAAAGAGCUCCUGUCCAUGCACCACCAGUCCGACCCGUCGCUCUGCAAGGAGUUCGAUUAUUUACCCCCUGUGGAGAGCCGGUCAGUCUCGGGUUUUGUUGGGUUGAAAAACGGAGGAGCGACUUGUUACAUGAACGCCGUGUUCCAGCAGCUCUACAUGCAGCCUGGCCUGCCUGAGGCCUUCCUGUCCAUCGAGGACGACACAGACCAGCCGGAGGAAAGCGUCUUCUAUCAGGUCCAGUCCUUGUUUGGCCACCUGAUGGAGAGCAAGCUGCAGUACUACGUGCCAGAGAACUUCUGGAAGAUCUUCAAGAUGUGGAACAAGGAGCUGUACGUCAGAGAGCAGCAGGAUGCCUACGAGUUCUUCACCAGCCUGGUGGACCAGCUUGACGAACAUCUCAAGAAAAUGGGUCGGGAACAAAUCUUCAAAAACACGUUUCAAGGGAUUUAUUCUGACCAGAAGAUUUGUAAAGACUGUCCACACAGAUAUGAGCGGGAAGAAACAUUCAUGGCCUUGAACCUUGGAGUGACGUCCUGCCAGAGUCUGGAGAUCUCAUUGGACCAGUUUGUCAGAGGAGAGGUGCUCGAGGGCAGCAACGCGUACUACUGUGAAAAGUGCAAGGAGAAGAGAACAACAGUGAAGCGGACCUGCAUCAAAUCUCUACCCAGCGUUCUCUGCAUCCACCUCAUGCGAUUCGGCUUCGACUGGGAAAGCGGACGAUCCAUAAAGUACGAUGAGCAGAUCAGGUUCCCCUGGGUGUUGAACAUGGAGCCCUACACGGUGUCUGGCAUGGCCCGGCAGGACUGCAGCGGGGAGGGAGGCGAGGGGAGAGGCGAUGGCACUUCAGGAGGAUCCCCCAGGAAGAAAGUUACAAUUUCAGAGAACUAUGAACUUGUGGGUGUUGUAGUCCACAGUGGUCAAGCGCACGCAGGACACUACUACUCCUUCAUUAAAGACAGACGCGGAAACGCCCGCGGGCGCUGGUACAAGUUCAAUGACAAUGUGGUUGAGGAGUUCGAUAUGAAUGAUGAGACUCUGGAGUACGAGUGUUUUGGUGGAGAGUAUCGACCCAAAGUUUAUGACCAGUCUAACCCGUACCCUGAUGUGCGGCGGAGGUACUGGAACGCCUACAUGUUGUUUUACCAGAAGAUCAGCGACCAGAACUCGCCUGGCCUGCCGAAGAAAAGCAGAGUCAGCAUCAUGAGGCAGGAGGCCGAGGAUCUUUCACUGUCUGCCCCAUCCUCGCCUGACGUCUCCCCUCAGUCCUCUCCUCGCCCCCCUCGAGCCAACAAUGACCGCCUCACCCUCCUGACCCGCCUGGUUCGCAAAGGCGAGAAGAAGGGCCUCUUUGUAGAGAAGAUGCCCGCCAGCAUCUUCCAGAUGGUUAGGGACGAGAACCUGAGGUUCAUGAGGAACAGGGACGUCUACAACAGCGACUACUUCAGCUUCAUCCUCUCCCUGGCUUCAGUCAACGCAACAAAACUGAAGCACCAAGACUACCAGCCUAUGGCCAAAGAAAGCCUCCAGCUGGCUGUUCACUUUCUCUUCCACACCUACUUGCACACCAAAAAGAAACUCAGGGUGGACACAGAGGAAUGGAUGGCGGCGGUGGAGGUGCUGCUGUCUAAGAGCAGCGAGGCUUGUCAGUGGAUGGUGCAGUUCCUGGUUGGACCAGAGGGACGAGAAAUCAUCAGGGCUUGUUUGUUGGAGUGCAGCGUACGGGAGUUGAGGAUGGUGGUGGCGUCCAUCCUGGAGAAAACCCUGGAGAGCGCGCUGCACUUUGGAGACCCGGGACUGGACAGUCUGACCGACGCCUUGCUGUCAUUGCUCGACAAAGACGUUCCUGAAAAUGUGAAAAACUGUGCCCAGUACUUCAGCCUCUUCAGUAACUUUACCCAGAGGGGUUGCGGGCCCUGCCAGCUGCUGCUGAAGCACUCAGCCUACCGUCGGAUGCUCAUCUUCCUUUUAGGGCCCAAUCGCCAAAACAACCAGAACCGACGGUGGAGUCCAGCUCAAGCUCGGGAGUUCCUCCACCUCCACAGCACUCUUGCGCUCAUGACGCUGCACUCGGACCUGACCCCCCAGCGGACCCUCGCUCCAGGAGGAUCCAAGUUGCCUGCGAGUAGCGUCCAGUCCUCCGGCUCUCUCCUCCCGCUCCACCCUGACAUUCUCGCAUCGCUCUUCACUCCAGAGGGACAGCCUUACCUUCUCGAGGUGAUGUUUGCAAUGCGUGAGCUGUCAGGGCCUCUGUCUCUUCUGAUAGAAAUGGUCACCUACUGCUCAUACUGUAAUGAGGGCUUUUCCCUGGGAGUGCUGCAGCUGCUAAAGAGUCAGCUGGAGACGGCUCCACCUCACGAGCUGAAGAACGUUUUCCAGAUGCUGCAGGAGAUACUCGUGGUUGAGGACCCUCUGCAGUCCCAGAGACUCAAGUACGCCUUUGAGUCAGAAAAAGGUUUGUUAGCUUUGAUGCACCAGAGCAACAAUGUGGACAGCAGGCGCUGCUACCAGUGUGUAAAGUUCCUGGUCACGUUAGCUCAGAAAUGUCCUCCAGCCAAAGAUUACUUCAAAGACCUGUCCGGUCACUGGAGCUGGGCCGUGCAGUGGCUUCAGAAAAAGAUGACUGAGCAUUACUGGACCCCACAGAGUAAUGUCUCCAAUGAGACGUCCACCAAUAAAACCUUCCAGCGCACCAUCUCUGCACAGGACACCUUGGCCUACGCCACGGCGUUGUUAAACGAGAAGGAGCAGUCCGGCAGCAGCAACGGCUCCGACGGCAGCCCGGCGAACGAAAACGCAGAGCGCAGCCUCCGACAGGGCUCAGAGUCUCCCAUGAUGCUCGGCGAUUCAAAGAGCGAUCUAGAAGACGUGGACUCCUAACUCCUCCGGCUGGCGGGACUACUCCGACGGAGCGGCGGCACAGGUCCAGGCGGCCGGUUCGAAAAUGGGCGGCGCUUUGCCCUCUGGUUGGUCUGGACUCUUGGGGACUGCCCACAGGAAGCCAAUCAGGACACUUUCUCUCGGUCGCCAGGGCAACCAAGGAGCGGCGAAUGAAUCAUGAAUUACUUCCUUUCAGAGCGGCCAGCGGGACGGUGGCGACAAAUUAUCUUUAAGUGGGCACCGUAGCCGAUCGGGGCGGGGACGCGCCCUCACGGAGGACUUCCGUCUAGCCGUUUAUAUUCACUCGUUCACUCAGAAUGACAUGGAGGUGGGGGAUGGGCUCGGGCGGUGUUUUACCGAUGUUCUGCUCAUGUUUGCCAAUAUGUAUUUGCGACGGGCAUGUUCACGUUGUAAUUAAGAUGUGUCCCAUAGGUAAAAAAAGAUUUCCAGUGUAAGAUAAUAUUUUAAAGUCUUCUCCACAGCCAUGCAAAAUGAAGGAGGCCACAUUAGAGCUGCUCUAGAGGAACUCCUAGACGUGUGUCUGUACAGGAACACCUCCACACGAGCUCCUGGGGGUGGGGGGGUGGGGAGGGGUGGGGUUCAGUAUGCACUUUAUGGUCCAGCCCAGGCUAUUGUGAUGUACAGCAGCGUGGGUCAGUUCCUCCAGAGCAGCUUGGUGCUGUGCUCUUCUUCUGUUUUUUGUUUGUUUUUGUUUUUUUUUUUGCUUUUAGCAAUGGUUGCAGUGCCACUUACUCGAGCCGCUCUCCCUGUGACCGGACCUUUGACCCGGGGCCACAGGGACGGCGUGUGUGUGUCAGGAUCAGGACAGAUCAGCAGAUCUCAGACUAGCAGUGCCAUAGUCAGCACUCAAUCCCCUCUCCCUCUGUUCCUCCCGCUGACGGGCCGACUUCCAUUGCUUUCCACCUCCGCAUUUUCAUCUCUCUGCCACUUUUUCUCUUUUUUUCUUUUUCCGGAUGGCUUUCAUCCGACGGACGAUCCUCAGCCUUAUGCAACCUGAUCUGGGAGCGCUCGGAUCAGUCUUGGCAGGCCACCAGUGCCGACUGAAGGGAAGCUCAGGAGCACGUUUUCUUCGUUUCGUUUUGUUUUCAGGUGCCAAGGGUUACAUUCACACACAUGCACACGGAGAAUGACUCAUUCAGCUCGCUCACAUUUGCACACAGGUCCUCCUCAAUUCAUUGUUACCUCUGAUCUGUUGGCUUUUUUAUUUUUUUGUUUCUUUUUGCUUUGCCUUCUUUGCGUCCGUUUGCCUUCGUACACACUCACGGGUGAGCUUAACCCAGACGUAGCUCCAGUUUUCGCUGGAGACAAACGUCGCCCCUUACACCAAUUGUCGGGAGUCUUAAAGUGCCUUAAUCUCCCGAUUUAAGCCGCCGCCCUCACAUCUUCAGUCGCCUGCUUCACCGCCGUCUCCUGUAGUCACUUGAGCUGGCUGUGGGAGCGCAACAGGGCUCGCUCAUCUCCAUUCCUGUCCCAGGCCACACAGGGAAUCGCCUCUGUGUUGUGUGACUAAGGGUCCUCGUGAAUGUAGCUGGCAGGGGUUGCGGCGUACAUGGGGGGGGGUCUAGGCGAUGGUAAAAAUGCUGCUUCUUUUUCACUCUGUUCCCAGGCAGGGAGGCUUAGUAGAAACCGGUGUAGUCUGUAGUUCAGGGGAGGCGGCUCUGUCGCUCACACAAGCUCAGCGGGUCGACUCUCAGCUUUCACAGGUCAAUGUUUACAGUGUGAGGACCUACAGUGUGAGGCGACGAUGCCGACGGGCUUUGUGUUGAACUCACCGAUGCUCCACGGCAUCCUCACAGCCCCAGAGAGAGGAAAACACUGCUCUAGCCCCUCCAUUCACCCCCUCCUCCCCCCUCCUCCUUCCCCUCGGUCUCAUUAGCUGUGAAUGUCACGACGUGCUCUCCGGCACGUUUGCAUGUGUGGUGGUGAAGUUUGUGCUUUUUUUUUUUUUUCUUCAGCGUGACGGAUCAAAAAUCAGCCCCCCGUGUUGUUUGCUGUGUGAUUAGGUAUCAUUAGCACUUACUGACACAAACGAGGCCGCUCCGCUCCGCUCGACUCGCUCCGUGCUCUGCGAGGGAGCAGCGCGCCGUCUGUGCCAGGCGACACGUGGCCAUGGCAACGCGAGCUGCAUCCAGCCGAGAGCGUCUCGUAUAAGUUCGGCCCUCCUCUACACCGACACGCAAGGAUUUGAAGACGGGGCAGGGGCUCUAAAACGGUCUUUUGUUUUAUUCUGGGAUGCGGGGAGGGACGAGCAGGUGCGUGGGUUGGGGACUGGCAUCCAUACGGGUUUUUACUGUGUUUCAAUUUGGAAAGAUCACUUCUGAGAGCGCAGCAAUCUGUAAUGCAUGUUAAAAAAAAAACUCAAUUUUAAUUUGUACAUCAGAGUUUGAUUAAGGGGAAAUUUGAUAUAAAAUAAACUGCAAUGCACAAACCUUUGUAAAGAUAGUUUUCGUGCAUGUCUGCGCAUCGUCCCGAUUCUUCGAACGGUCGUUGAAAAAAAAAGAAAGCACACCCCUCUCCCAACUUUCAGGUAUUAAGUCUGAAGAGAUAUUUAACACAUCUGGUUUUCAGCCGAUUCUAAAAUCAUUUACAUCUGACAGAAACACAUUUUCCACCAUUUCAUUCCAUAUUACACUCAAACAAACCCAGAGGAAAGGUUGUUGGUGAGAAACUAAAAUCACCCCUUGCUGCUUUCAUAGGGUUGACGGGGCUUUGCAAAAGUAUUCACACCCUCUGAACUUUUUCUCAUUUUGUCACCAUACAAUCUCAAAUUUUAACGGGGGUUUGUGUGAUAAGCCAACAGAGAGUAGCACUGAAGUGGAAAGGAAGUUUUUUUUUUUUUUGUUUUUUUUAGAACCCAAACGGUGGUUAGUAUUUGUGCUAGCCCCUAACUCACUACAACCAAAUGCCCUCAGAAGUCAGCAAAUUGGUCAAAUAGAGUCCCCUUGUGUGUAAUUACUUAUUGGUGUAAACCCUCAGAUGUUUCUUAGUGAACAAGCAGCGUCAUGAAGACCAAAGAACACAGCAGACAGGUCAGGGAGAAGGAUUAAAACAGGAGCGCUGUUAAAUCCGUCAUCUGAAAAUGGAGAGGCCGUUGUGGAACUGCGAAGCCUCCAGGGCAUGACCGGUCAAGGAGCGCAGCGGCAAAGAGGCCCACAGCUCACUGCACAUCACCCUGAACGCCCCACGCUCAUCCUGAAACACGACGAUGGCAGUAUCAUGCUGUGGGAAUACUUUUGUUCACAGUUAAUGUAGAGAUAAAUGGGGCUAUAAGCAGGCGUGUCCUGACAGAAAUAUUGUUGGAGCCGGGUAAAAAGACUUGAGCCUCAGGUGGCCGUUCACUUUCCAGCUAAAAUCUAAGUCUGACAAGGUCUGUUGCAAGGCUUGCAAUUGUAUGUUCACAUACGUUCUCUGUUCAAUAUCACUGCUGAAUUGCAAGGAAUUAGGAGGGAAAACUAGUCUCUACAUGCAAUUGAUAAAGCUGCAGUUAAUGGUGAUUCUAUGCAUCGACUGCACUGUUACCUGUUUAUUAUAACGCCUGAAACAAUGAGGCCAAAGCAGAGAUGUUUAGCAAAAAAACAUAAACACCUUAUUCCAGCAAUCAAGCACGGUGGUGGAGGAGAGAUGACUUGGCCCAUUGUUGCAGGAUGAACAUAAACUGUCGCCAAAGAUUUCUGGUGUCAAAUGUAAGAGCGUCGCCCUGUUUUGGAGGAAAUUAGAUCCCAAACCCAGCAGCAACUCCACAACGGUAUGAAAAAUAAAUGAACGUGGGGCUCUGCAAUGCCCUAGUUACAGUC